AUGGAUGAGAUAAAAUCGGAAAAAGAAGAAAAAUGCAGAGGUCGCAAUAAAGCCAGAGCCAUUUGCCGUGAAUCUGGAGAUCACGUCCAUUAUCAUCCGACGCGCCAAGCCAAAGCCAAGCGUCCUCAUCACGCGCCGUCGGAGAUCCUCAAAUCGAUCUUCGAAGUCGCUCGCAAGGCACGCUACGGCGAAUGCAGGAAGAAUCAAGCCGCCGGUAUCGGUACCACCGCCUACGACGGCUGCGGAGAGUUCAUUAGCGCCACUUCCGGAGAAGAUCCUCUGAAUUGCGCCGCAUGCGGCUGUCACCGUAGCUUCCACCGGGAAGAUACUAUUUCCGACGGCGUCACUGAGACGGUUCUCGAUGUGCUCAAGAUUUCAUCGGAUCAGUUUCGUCGGAUCUUCUGCUCCCCUUACGGAGAAGGGAAUAAUCGGGUUGUGAUAGAUCAAUCUGUUGGCGGCGAUGUAGUGGAGGAGGAGCAGCGGGUUGUGAUAGAUCGAUCUGGUGGCGGCGAUGUAGUGGAGGAGGAGGUGGGGAAAGUGAAGAGGCUUAAGACGAAGUUUACGGCGGAGCAGACGGGGAAAAUGAGGGAUUACGCGGAGAAGCUGCGGUGGAAGGUGAGUCCUGAGACUAGAGAGGAGGUUGAUAAAUUUUGCUUAGAAAUUGGAGUUGAUCGGAGAAAAUUUAUGAACUGGAUGAACAAUCACAAGGACAAAAACUGA